AUGCAUCGCCCGCCGCGUGUCGUCGGCGUUGGCAGCGCCACCUCCCCCUCCUUCUCCCUCUCUCUCUCGAACCCCUUCCCCUUCCCCCUCCGCUUCCCCUUCCCGGCGCGUCUGCGCCCAGCGCGCGCGCGCCGCCGGCCCGCGGGGCGCCAGUCUCGCGCGACGCCGGACGCCGCUGCUCCAGAACCACCGGCAGACUACAUCGAGAGGAAGAUGGCCCCCGGGGCGACGUGCGGAGGCGGCGGAGGCGGCGGCGGGGGCGGCGUGGAGGCGCGGGCGCGCCGGCCCGCGCGCAAGGCCGCUCCGGGGCUGUACGGGCGCGCGCGCCGCUGGCUGGCCGAGAACCUGCUGCUGCUGGCGACGGUGGCCGGCGUGGUGGUCGGCGUGCUGCUCGGCUUUGCGCUUCGCCCGCUAGACCUCGGACCAGACGCAAUUCUGCUGGUGUCGUACCCCGGUGAGCUGGUGAUGCGUCUCUUGAAGCUCAUGAUCUUGCCACUCAUCAUCGCCAGUUUGGUGUCUGAUUGUCGUACCUAAGGACAGUGGCUGUUGAUGUAUCUAGGGACAUCUCUGGGUACAUAAAUGUAGUAUUAAAUUGAAUUAAGUUAUAUUGGUUUCAAGAUGUAAUCUGACACGAAGCAAAGGAAGCAACAAAAGGCCUCAACCACUUGUAGAAACCAUUAAUAGGGCAGUUUUGAAUGUCAUCAAAGAUUGUAUUGCCAUUUUGUUGUUCAGCAAUAGUUCAGUUAUAGAAAAGAACGAAUCUGUAAAGUUGAUGGUAAUAUGUAAAAAUGAUUCAUUUUUUCAAAAUUGGUGCUGCAGUAUAUAAAAUUGACAUGGAAGACAUAAGUUAAUCUCCAUUACACAUCUGUGUUUGGUUGUUAUAUAAAGCAGCAAACAUUUGUUUUCUAUAUUUACUUAACUAGAUAUAAUGGACAUUGAAAGUCUUUCUAUUAAAUAAAUGCUAUUUUUAUAUCCUAUGAAGUUGACAUAGAGGACAGAACAUUUGCUCCAGAACUAAUCUGACAGGUUAUUCUUAAGAGC